AUGAAUAGAAGACUAACAUCAGUUGAGAAAGGGAAAGGCUUGGCUAGUCCAGAGGAGCCUCCAAGAGCACCUAGAGUGAAAGUACCUGAUUUUGACAAGGCAGAACUGGUUCAUAACCACAAGCUUAUGCUGGUCGGGAGAAUCACCAACCCUAAGAUCCAGAAAAUGUGGGCUCUCCUCCCAUUCUUAUCUGACCACUGGAAAGUCAGCACCUGA